UCAUCCAACAGUGCAGAUCAUCUCCAACCCCUCAUCCUGCUCCUGUGACAGAGAGAGAGAGAGACGCCAACAUGAUACUGCUCCUCCUUCUGUUCACCCUGACCCUGGGUGCUGUGUCUCCUUCAGAUGGACCUGAGGUCAGGCUGCAGCGUGGAAACUGUCCCAUGUUCUGGUUCAGCUUCAACAACCGCUGCUACAAGUACGUGGCCACUGAGCAGAGCUGGGCUGAUGCAGAGUUCCACUGUGUGUCACAGGGAACCAACCUGGUGUCUAUCCACAGUCUGGAGGAAGAGAAUUUCAUCACAGCCCUGAUCAAGAACUUUGACCUUAAUGAAGGAAUCACCUGGAACGGACUGAACGACCUCUACAAAGAAGGCAGCUGGAUUUGGUCUGAUGGUUGUGCAGUGAAGUUUACCUUUUGGUCCACAGGACAGCCAGACAACUACCUAGAAAUGGAAAACUGUGGUCAUAACAACUUUUCUACCGAAAAGAAAUGGAAUGAUAUACCUUGUAGUAACAUUUAUCCUUCUGUUUGUGCAUCUCGCAUAAUGUGUCCUCAGUGAUUGUUAAGUCUGAUUUAACCUGGUCACUGAUCACCUGAUGCUUGUUGACAUGAAAUAGUCCUCAGCAAUAAAGAUACAAAUUCAAACUUCUCUGUUUGUUCUCAUUUCACCCACUUACUUUUCAUACCUGUUGUCAGGUUUUUGUUGUUUGUUGAUUUUAACAAUUCCAAUGUUAUUGUUAAAAUCCAUUUUAAAUAUCAGUACAAAUAAAAUGAUGAUGAUGA